AUGCCCAGCUCCCCCGGCCAGGAGAGCCUGCUUCUGGACGGUAGACCGGUGGGGCGAAAUAACCGGCGGAUCAACCGGGGAAUUGUGGAGGAGUGCUGCUUUCGGAGCUGUGACCUGGCUCUGCUGGAAACCUACUGUGCCAAGUCCGUCAAGUCCGAGCGCGACCUCUCCGGCACCUCCUUGGCGGGCCUGCCGGUGCUCAGCAAGGAGAGCUUCCAGAAGCCCUCACACGCCAAGUACUCCAAGUACAACGUGUGGCAGAAGAAGAGCUCCCAGCGGCUGCAGCGGGAGGUGCCUGGCAUCCUUCGGGCUCGCCAGUACCGGUGGCAGGCGGAGGGGCUGCAAGCAGCUGAAGAGGCCAAGGCGCUGCCCCGUCCCCUCAUCUCCCUGCCCAGCCAGAGGCCCCCGGUGGUACGAGCCUCCCCCGAAACGGCUGGCCCCCAGAAAUGA